UCAUCUGUAUAUAUAUAUAUAUAUAUAUAUAUAUAUUGAGCUAAAACCAUGUCUUAAUUAAUAAUGUUCUCAUUUCUAAGUUGCUUUAACGUGCUUUAUUAUUGGUGGUGGCUGGCCGGUGAGUAUGGGUUGGGCUAUUGCAUUGCACGGUGGCGCUGGUGAUAUUCCCCGUGAUCUUCCGCCGGAGCUCCGUCAACCCAGAGAAGCCUGCCUCCACCGUUGUUUACAGAUCGGCAUUGAUGCUCUCAAUUCUCACAAAUCACCUUUGGAUGUUGUUGAACUUGUGGUGCGUGAACUGGAAAAUGACCCACACUUCAAUGCUGGUAGAGGUUCGGUUUUAACCAGCAAUGGCACGGUAGAAAUGGAAGCUUGUAUCAUGGAUGGAAGUACAAAGAAAUGUGGAGCUGUUUCUGGCCUCACUACAGUUGUUAAUGCUGUAUCUCUAGCUAGGCUAGUAAUGGAGAAAACUCCACAUGUAUAUCUUGCAUUUGAAGGAGCAGAAGCAUUUGCUAGGGAGAAGGGAGUUGAAACUGUAGAUUCAAACCAUUUUAUCACUCCGCAAAAUAUUGAGAGAUUGAAACAAGCAAAAGCAGCUAACAGAGUUCAGGUAGAUUAUACACAACCUGCGCCAGUAGUUGAUGUAACUCCAGUUCCAAAUGGGGAUAGCCAGAUAGGAACAGUUGGAUGUGUUGCUGUUGACAGUUAUGGAAAUUUAGCAGCAGCUACUUCUACUGGAGGACUAGUCAACAAGAUGGUUGGUAGAAUUGGAGAUACUCCCCUUGUUGGUGCAGGAACAUAUGCAAAUAAACUAUGUGCAGUAUCUUGUACAGGCAAAGGCGAAGCUAUUAUCCGCGCAACUGUAGCAAGAGAUGUUGCUGCUCUAAUGGAAUACAAAGGGCUAACUCUAAAGGAGGCAACAGAUUAUGUUAUAAAAGAAUCUACACCAGAAGGUACUACUGGUUUGAUUGCUGUGUCUGCUGCAGGGGAAGUUGUCACACCAUUUAAUACUACUGGCAUGUUUAGAGCUUGUGCUACACAAGAUGGUAAUAGAGAAGUAGCAAUUUGGUAACUUUUGUUUUUUGUUGUAUUUCCUUUGCUUUGUAACAACAUUGAGAUGAGGAGUUUGUGUGUUUCCUCAAAGUUUAGACAUUCAAGAUGUUCCCUCCUAUUCACUACUCCAAAUUCAAAAAGUAUCAUUCUUUUUGGAA